UUGUUGAGUUUGCGAAAGAACAAAGGUCUGAAAUGUGAAAUCUGAUACUCUGAAUGGGGAAGGAAAGCUUUGUACUAUGUAUUCUGAAAAUUUUCUUGAAAACAUCAAUAAUCACAGGCUGAAUUUUUUUUCAUACCUAUUCAUUGUUGGUUCAUAUAUGUUUUUAUCCUAUUGAUAAACUAAUGGAUAAGAAGAUCAAGAUCGAGAAGCAGGAGGAUGAAUUUGGAGAAUGUGAAUUUGCAACUAGCAACGUCAAAGAUGAGUCAUCCUCACACAAUGGUUCAACUUCCAAUCAGAUGGCGAGAGUUAAGCAGGAGAAUGAUAACAGCCAAGAACCAGCGCCAGAGUGCAGCACUGCAUGCUCUCCAACUGAUGAUGAUUUCAGCCAACAACAUUAUCUAAUCCCUGGCUAUAAUUUAAUAUUCAUCAAAGAGGAAGAAUAUGUUGAGCAAGAGGCAGAAGGAUGUUCAGUGGAGAGUGAACCGGAGAUGUGGCCUUCAAACUGCAGCACAUCUGAAACUGCCAAUGCAACAGAAGUGGGUGAACUGAAUGCACAUUCAAUCUCUCCAGUGGAAAAGUGCACUGAGCCAACUGUGGCUGGCAAAAAGACCAAGCUCUACAGCUGUGCUGAGUGUAGCCAUGCAACCACACGGUCUACUGGUUUGAAGAGACACAUGAGAAAACACACGGGGGAAAAGCCUUUCAGUUGUGAGUUAUGUGAUUACAAAUGUGCUCAAUCGAGUUAUUUGAAAUCACAUAUCAGAACUCAUACAGGGGAAACACCUUUCAGCUGUGGGUAUUGUGAUUAUAAAUCUCCUUGGUCAAAUGCUUUGAAGGAACAUAUGAAAACACAUACAGGAGAAACACCUUUCAGCUGUAAGUAUUGUGACUAUAAAUGUGCUACUGCAGGGAAUUUGAAAUCACAUAUGAGAACACAUACAGGAGAAACACCUUUCAGCUGCAAGUAUUGUGACUAUAAAUGUGCUCAAUCUGGUACUUUGAAAGAACAUAUCAGAACACAUACAGGAGAAACACCUUUCAGCUGCGAGUAUUGUGACUAUAAAUGUGUUCGGUCAAGUACUUUGAAAUUACAUAUCAGAACACAUACAGGAGAAACACCUUUCAGCUGCGAGUAUUGUGACUAUAAAUGUGCUCGGUCAAGUACUUUGAAGGAACAUAUCAGAACACAUACAGGAGAAAAACCUUUCAGCUGCGAGUAUUGUGACUAUAAAUGUGCUUGGUCAAAUACUUUGAAGGAACAUAUCAGAACACAUAGGGGAGAAACACCUUUCAGCUGCGAGUAUUGUGACUAUAAAUGUGUUCGGUCAAGUACUUUGAAAUCACAUAUCAGAACACAUACAGGAGAAACACCUUUCAGCUGCGAGUAUUGUGACUAUAAAUGUGCUCGGUCAAGUUAUUUGAAGGUACAUAUCAGAACACAUACAGGAGAGACACCUUUCAGCUGCGAGUAUUGUGACUAUGAAUGUGCUACUGCAGGGAAUUUGAAGAAACAUAUAAGAACACAUAAAGGAGAAACUACUACUAGCUGAAAAUUUGUGACUUUUGUGUACUCAUUCAAAUUUAUUUUACUGUAUUUCUUAGGGUGGUCACUAAUAACAAGUCAAGUGUGUUGAACAUGUGUGUACACUCAUGUCGCCAUUCAUUGAUGUGUCAUCACAGUUAAAGGCUUCAAACAACAUUUUUUUGAGGUUCAGAGUAAGUAUUGGCUCACACCUUCCCCCUCCUCUAUUCAAAUUGCCAGGUUCGCCCUGGCCUGGCGUCUGGGGAGGGGCGGAUUAGGGGAUCCUGCUCACAGUGUGGUGUGUUUUGGCCGCUCUAGCGCCUUCCGGUGGUUGGAACAGCAGGGUGAGCGGCCUCUUGGGGACGGCUGGGCUCCUCGCGGUUUUCCGUGUCCUCCAGAUACACCACGGUUGUCAUCUCACAAGACUGAAAUUCUCUCCUUUCUAAGAGGUCCUUUUGCACUACCUGGAGGGAGGGGAGUCGCUAGGAGUGGUGAGAGAGUAGUGGCAGUCAUCACUCUCGUUGCAAUGCAUGGCAACAGGUGUUUUCCGGACGAGCCUUUGUCACUGAUUCCGGUCUGCCUCCAGAUCAUGUGGUAUUCGGUUCGUCCUCUUAGGGACCCUACAAGUCGCAACAGGUCACCUAACCUGUUUUUUUAAUAAAUUAAUAAUUUAAACUUGAAUAGUGCAGUAAAGAAAAAAUAAAUGACAUAAAUUUGGAUAUAGAAAAAUCUAACCUCUACAAAUUUUGCUGGAAGCCUUUCGAUGUGAUGACACAACAAUCUAUGACAAUAUGUGUAUCAUGCAUGUCUUACCGUUAGUGGCCAGCCUUAUGAAAUCAACCUUGCACUUUCCAUUACCUACUCACAAGCAUUACCUGCUCACUCGGUCAUCAUCCACAAUAAAAUUAUCAUUUAAUUUAAUAAAUAGUAUCAUGUUGAUAUUUUGCCCCAGCAUCAACUCAACGUCAUGCAGCUUGAUCCUCUGCUUCUCCCUCAUUAGCUCUCAUAUAGUGAGGUCCACGUUAUAAUGGCAUUAUUUGAUUAACAUUGGUUUUGCUUCCCCUGUGUAUCAUUCUUCAAAGCAGAAAGCGUUAUCUUUUUCUAGCUCUGCAGCAUUGCCAGAUCAUUUUCUAACAAUGUAGAAAUAUAAUCAAUUACUACAAUAUAAUCAAUGUGUCGUUUUCACAGUGUUGGGUGGUCGCCUCGGAUCCAUCUUCUUCACUGCUCUCUGUCCGUAGCCAUUCUCUUCAACUAAUUCACGGUCUUGCCUCUUUCUGCUGCUAUCCGUGAAACAGUUGCCUCCCAUGUCACCCGUGGUCUUCCUAUCGGUCGUCUGCCUUGUGCCCUGGCCUCCAUGUAUUGGCGAGGCUUUCUGUUUUCGUCCAUUCUCAGGAGAUGUCCAUACCAGGAGAGUAUCCGUUCAUCGAUUGUUGUUUCAACCGCUUUAAUGUGUAAUUCUUCCCUUAUGCGGUCAUUUCUCACUCUGUCUCGUCUUGUUUUCCCAACUAUUCUUCGGAGACAUUUCAUUUGGACCGCAUUUAUUUGGCUUUUCUCUUUUUUACUGACUGUCCAACUUUCACUUCCAUACAAUAGGAUGGGCUCAAUGAUUGAAACAUAAACUUUUGAUUUUAUCAAAUAUUCAUAAACAACUGAAUUAUCAAGUUUCAUAUUAUAUUGGUAGUAUUAUAAUUAUAAGUUACAUGUUUUUAUAGUAUCAUAUUAUUAAUGAUUGCAACAUGAAAUGUUGAUUUAACAAAUUCAAAAUGUAUUGUAUAGGUACUCUUGUUAAUUAAAAGGAACAACUUCCAUUUUUCAAUCAUUGAAUUAUUCUAUUGAUUAUUCAAUAACUUAUCACAACCCAUAUAUGUAAAGAUUGUCAGGUGAUUCAGGUUUCAGAAACCGGGGGCUUUCAAAAUUUAUUUUUCUUUGGACAAAGACCCACAUGAGUGUCUAGGUGGACUCACUCUAACAUGAUAUAAUUAUCUUUUGUUAUGAGGACAUGCUCCCCUUUAGGGGACAGCAGUGACUCAUAGCAGCAAUGAUAGGCCAGAAUCACCUCUUCUCUAUCUAGCACUCUGCUGAGUCUCAACAUUGCUUUCAAUUCAAUUCCUUUGGAAAGAUUCAACAUGAGAUGAUCAAGUCAGUCCCUGAUCCAGAGCAACCCCCUACAGAUUGGUAGCACCAGAUGAUAGCAGAUUGAUUUGAACUUCACAUUCCAAUGGAUUACCUGGCAAUCGGUGAAUUGAGAAUUCAAUGAAAAACCGUGCACACACACAUAUCGACUUUUGUUUGUAUGAUAUUUUGCCGUACUUAUGAAUUAUAUCAGAUUAAAUGGAACUUGACAAAUAUCAUCAGUUCAAUCUAAAUAGAAAUUGAUCUAAUAGAAUAUUGAUAAGGACGGCAAAAUAUGGAACAAACAAAAAUCGAUGUGUGUGUGCAGGGCUUAACAGUGAUCUCCAACGCAUUAAUUGAAUGUGUUUUAUGGUUUUUUCUUCAACUUAUAAUCUUGUCCAUAUGCCUGGGUGGUUGCGAUAUUUGAUUUACACAUCAUGUAGUACAAACAGGGAAACAACAGUGAUUUGGUAUACUAAAAAUACCGAGUCUCAUUCCAAGGUCAAUUGUUUGUUUUAGGAUAGGUUUUGAAUGGCAACUGUUAAAUUUGUGUAAGUUAAGAAAAGAUGUGACAUCACACUGCCUAUAAUAUUAUUAGCUAAGAUGGAAAUUCAUAGCUAUGGUAGGGGUUAGGCUAGGUAUACAGGUUGUAAUGCAAUCAAAUUGAAUAUUAAACUGAUGUCCCAUUAGCCUUUUUUUCAAUUUUUUUACUAGACCAAUGUAAAAACAGUCAGCAUUCCUUUUGGAACAUAUAUCACAUCUAUUGUUCCAUCAGAUCUUUUUGAAAAAAUUCUUAAAGAAUAAACUACUAUAAACUGUAUAUAAUUUAGCAAGGCAUUAGCAUUUUCUAAUUUGAAUUAUUCCUUCCAAAAAAAAUAAAACUUUGAAAAGUUAAUUUAUUUUAAUGAAUUAAUAAAAGUAGUACCUAUGUUUUAAAAUUAAAGAUGUAGCAAGUUUAUUCAUUGAAUAAAUUUAUUCUCUUUACAAUAAAUAUCGGGAGACCGAGCUUUGCUCUGGAGUGUAAAAGCAUGGAAAAUUUAUCCUUAAAAAAAUCUAAAAACCUUGUGUAUACAUCGACGCGCAGUUGAAAAAGGAAUAUUCCUGCCAAAUCUCAUCGAAUUCUAUCAAUGCGUUUGGUCGUAAUCGCGUUACCUAUAAACAGAUAAAAGAAAAUCCGAGUUAAAACAUAGACCUCACUACGUUCGGUCAAUCAAUGAAUGUAGGACUAUAUUUUUUCUGAGCAGACGUUCAGUUUUGUCAUAGGCUCUUACUACAUACAUGUGCACAUUUUAAUAUUUAGGUCUACUAUAAUAGAAAUAUUCAUAAUCUUCCAACUACUCAUUAUAUUUGGAAAAAUAUUAUUAAUAUAAAACAUUUCUCAAGUUUCAAGCAAAAUUUCUAAAUGUUUGAGAAUUCCAUGUUCCUGGCCAAGUUGACUCAGCAUCAACCCAUUUAAAAUGCUUUAAUCACUGAAACUAUUCAAAUAUUUGCAUCCAAUAUUGCAAUUAUGUAGGGUAAUUAAGUUUAUAGUAUGAAAUAAAAUAUUUUGAUAACUCUGAUUAUUUGAUUUACUC